CAUAACCAUCUGUUGUUUACGCUGAACUGAAUUUCUUACAUAUGCACUCACUACGUUCUCGAUCACUUUUCUUUGGAAGAAGCGAAAAGUAGCACAUCCUGCAGAUAACGUCUCGUUAAUCAAUGAGGAUGUUUCUCCUGUUCUGCGUCCUCUGCCUGAUGUCUUCUACUGGCUACAGUCAGCUUCCAGGACCUCCUGGUCCUAAAGGUGACAUAGGAUUUCCUGGGCCACGUGGGAUAGCUGGGCCACCUGGAGCGCCGGGACGGUCUGGACAGCGUGGACAGCGUGGACCGCCUGGACAGCCUGGAUCUGCUGUAUUCUGUGGACGAGGUGUCCCUGGACAGGAACUUGAAACCUUAAAGAACAGCCUCGCUAAGUUAGAGCUGGCCAUGAACUAUGACUUUGUCCGAAGAGUUGGUCAGAAAUACUUUGUGUCCUACAAGAAGAGAGGCUCUUUCUCUACGGCCAUCGAGUUCUGCUCCCAACGAGGCUUAGAGCUGGCUUUGCCCCAGAACGAGGAGGAGAACAACAUACUCACUCAAGUGUUUGGGGAUGAUAACAAAACGGCCUGGAUCAACGUCAACACUAAUAAAGCUGAGGGGAAUUUUGAGGCCGAUAUGAAAAACCGACCUCUGACCUUUACCAAAUGGGGAGAAGGGCAGCCAGACAAAUCCAUCCAGGAUCCAGGCUGCACCAUGCUGUCAGAAAACGCAGUCUGGAGAGUGACACACGAUUGUUCUCUGAAUGCUUACAUCAUUUGCCAGAUUUAGAAAGUUGUUGUAUCCUUGCAAGUCAUGUUUUAAUGUUGCUUUAAACAAAUGUACAGUCUCUAAUAAUAUCCUCUGAAUCAAAAAUAAUGACCUUAAGGUCUGGUUUAGGAACAAUAACUCCAUGUAAUAAUUUCCCACCACCAUCCUUGUGAUGUAUGCCACUCUUUAAAAAAGCCUCUUGAUUGCAUCAGCAAUGUGGCAUUAUUACUCUUAUAACAUAAUAACAUAUUCCUCUACUAAAAAGAAUUUAAGCAAAUUAUUAUAUUAAUACUUUACAUGGCUAUGUAAAAAGUGUAAGAUCUUUUCAAAUAGGAUGUUUUAAAAGCAUACAUGACGCAAUAAAGCAUACAGCAGUGA